CUUCUAUGGUGAACAAUAAUUUACUCAUCAGUCGAAUUGAAAUUUUUUCCACCGAGCAAAAUGGACACGGACUUUGAGAAGAAGCUCUACGCCUAUGGACUGAACACGGCCACAGUGGAUUACCUGAAAGGUGAGGGAAUAGAUCGAUUUGUGUUCUUCGAGAUUGAGCCGCUUCAUCUGCAGAGAACCCCCAUUAGACUUCGGGAUCAGCUCUUGAUUUGUCGCAUGAUUAGACUGGCCAAGGAAAAGGCUCAUCGUGAUGAUUAUCAUCAGACGCCGAGUUUGUUCAAGGAUUUGUAAAUCAUAUUAUGGCUAAUUUAAUGCAAAAAUAUUGAUAUUCACAUUGAUUUUUGCUUUAAUUGGAAGUUUUUUCUUUCCAAAUCCAGUGCAGUGAAGACACAUUUAGUUGAGACACCGUUCCUUUUAAUUUAAAAGAAAUUCUACCUUGUAUAACAGUCUGCGCCUCAAUCUUAUUCGCUUCACAGUGUAUUUUUAUGAUUAGGGUUUUAAAAAUUUGUGAAAUAUAUGUACAAAUCAAUUGAAUAAUUUAUGAAGUAACAUUCUUUUAAAGUAAUCUUUGAUUUUGUGGAUCUCUUUUAGAAUAUUCCAAGAUUUUUGAAAUAAUUAAAAUUUUGUUGAUUGAAAAUUUGUGAAAUAUUUUGUUGAAAUUUCACUGAACAAACACCUUUAUCAAAGUGACAGACGAGACGAAGUGUUGUGUUUUUGGUGGAUCAAAACAAAUGGCAUAAAUGUGUUAUUUCUCAUCAAUAAAUGGAGGAGAAAUUAGAGGCUUAUCGGAGAAAGAAGCGUCGUGAGGAAGCAGUUAAGGGUUUCAAGGAAAAGCUGGUGAAAAUGGUGUCUUUCCAGCAAAUUCGAGUGGAUUCGCCGAGCGAUGAAACCACAGAGAAAGCAGCUGUUCAUGUGUCCGUUGAAGCGCCAGAAGACGGAAUCGGCGGCGGAAGUGACAUUGAAAGCAAUGCUGACGCGUCUUCCUUGACGUCAGAGACAUCUGACUUGGCACUGGGAGCCCCCAAAAGAACAGCCUUCACGUACUUCGUCUACGUGAUCUACUUCCUCCUCUGGGCCACCUGCUAUGCAAUUGCCAUCGAGCUGCAAUUCGGCGUGGUCUUCUUCCUCUUCUCGGCCCUCGCAGCAGUGUACUUCAACACCCGGACGAGGCCCAAGAAGCCAGGAGAGAUCAGCGCCUACAGUGUCUUCAAUAAGGACUGCCACGCCAUCGACGGCACGCUCAAGGCGGAACAGUUCGAGGCUGAGUUGCGCUACGCCGCGGUCAAGUAGAGAUUUGGCUGUGAUAAUGCAUAACGAAGAUAAGAUAGGGUGCCCAGAAAUUUCAGCUGAUCAGGGAAACCCUUAUCUUUAAUUGUGAAAUAUUCAUAAAUUUGUGUGGGAAGUGUUGGGAAAGAUUUGUAUUUCCUGAAAUUUCCAUACU